AUGUUGAAUGUCUUGUUCUGUAUAAAUCCAUUUGAAGUAGCAGAACAAUUUAUUAGAAAGUAAAAUACCGCAAACAGCUCUGAAGAACGAGCAAAGUACGCGGAGCUCGCAGAACAACUCCUCGGCCGAAGCAAGCGGAGGGCUGGGAUUUGUUGCAAAGGCAAAGGAUCCAGUAGUUCUGAGGGAGAGAAGAAGCUCCAGACUUUUGACUUUGGACAUCUUGUGUAUGAAGCCACAAAGCAGCCAGAGGUAGAGGAGUGUAGUGUUCUUGUUGCGGUGAUCAGGUCUUUUAGGUCUCUGCAGGAUCAGGUUGUGGCUUCUGUGUGCUGGGAGAAGCAGAGACUUGAGUCAAUUGUUACUUCCAGGCACUUGAGCAAUGAAACAGAUGCGUUGGAUUCUCUUUUGGUUUCAUUGGACCAGGCCCCCCCCAUAUGUGCAGAGCAAGUUGCGGUGUUGUUCCACUUGGGAGAGUGUGUUCUCUACCGGAUCUGCACUGACAUUGCACACAAACCUCAUCUUUACUCUUGCGAGUUUAAGAUACUGAAGGUGGGGUAUCUUGUUUUGAAACUCUUAAUCUGUCACAUCCUGGGGAAUUUUAAGGAAUAUGAGACAGGCAAGUCACAGCUUCAUAAGUUUUUCAAAGCACUUUCUCACUGUGAGUGCUGCUAUGAACCUUAUCCGGAUCUUCUCUUCUAUGUGCACUUCAUGUUACGGUCAGGGGAGAUCAUAUGUGGAUUUGGACCAGCUGACAAGGAUUCUGAGCUGUUCCAUGCAGAUUCUCAAAAGUACACUAUGAAGCAAGUGCUGUGGCGCAGCCUCCUCAGUUGGUACUGCGCGCAGAACCACAUCAAGCAUCUGUCCCAGGUGUCGUACCACCUGCUGCAGCUAAGAGAUGAGCUUCGGCAGGGUGACUGGGUGGACUCUGGUUUAGCACUGAUAGUGCUGGGCGAAGCUGCCAAAACAAGCUUGCUGUGCCUUCGGGUCUUACAAACUCUUCCGGCGUACAACAGGCCAGGGGACAUCGGGUCGCAGGCACAGAAGCAGGAAACGAUUUCGCAGGAGAGAGGCUGGCCUUGGCAGCUGGAUGUCAUUUACACCAACAUGUUGUCAGACAUCUGCCAGCAGGGAUGCACUGCUGAAAUACAGAAAACAGCCCUAGUUGGAGGACAGCCACUUUUUGGACAGGAUACAAGAGGAGAUGAGUUCCGGCUGAGGAACGCUGCGUGGACGGCUCUGCAGGAACACCUGGCCGGGGGAGGUGGACCCAAAGGUGACGACGGCCACUGGAGUCACCAAGGGCUUUUGGCCUCACUCUGCUUUGCACCCGUGUUCACUCAUCUCCAUCCAUCUGGCAAGCCUGGUGGGAAGACUGCAGUGCACACCCAGCACAGGUUUGAGACACACCUUCCCCCCAUCCCCAAGGGCAGGAUGGCACCCCUCAACGCCAAACAGCCUCCUUCCAAACUGGGAGCUCAUUGCACCUCCAGAACUUCCUCUGAUUUGUACGGCCGAACAAGGUCUGACUUCAUGAAAGUUGUGAAGGUUCAGUGGCAAAAAGAGCUACAGGUUAAAAUGAUCAAGCAAGAGGAGGCUGAAAAGAAAGAACUCGAAAUAAAACAGAUGGAUGAAGAGGAACAUUUUAAAGAGGUCAUGAGAAAACGAAUGGAAAAGCUGAGAAUUACCACAAAACCAUAUGAGUUGCCUAACUGA